GUUGUCAUGGAGUCCGGUGCCACUGUGCACAUACAUCCUGUGGUGCUCGCAUCCAUUGUGGAUGCUUACGAGCGCCGAGCGGAAACCUCGGAAACGGUCAUCGGUACUCUCCUUGGCACAGUUGGGAAUGGGAUGAUCGAAGUUACCAACUGCUUCGGUGUUCCUCAUGCUGAAACUAACGUCGCUGUCUCGAUGGAUUUCGAAUUUGGCAAGAAUAUGCUGCGGUUGGAGAAAUCGGUGAAUCGGAGUCAGAGCGUUGUCGGUUGGUACGCCACAGGCAGUGAAAUCACCGAACACUUUAAGCUGAUCCAUCAAGAUUAUUAUAUGCAGUCUUUCAGUGACGACGUACUCUUCUUGCUUGUGGACACGAGCUUAGAGGUCGGUGACCGAAUGAGUGUCAAGGCAUACCUGAGUCGACCUAUUGGUAUUCCAGGUGGCACUCGUGGCAUUGUUUUCGUACCCCUUGAAGUCGAAGUCGAAUUUUAUCCGGCAGAACGCAGUGCUGUUGAGAUGAUGGCUUCUGCCAUUAACCCGAAAAGCAUGUUGCGAUCAGAACUCGGUGAUGACUUACGCCAUCUGUUCCAGUUGUCUCAGCACCUCACUGGAAUGUUGGAACAGGUGAUCGCAUACGUGGAUGACGUGCUCAGUGGAAAACGACGACCAGACACCAAUAUUGGACGUGCCAUCGCUCAGCUUAUGCUCUCUAUCCCCAAAUUGGACCCAGCUUGUCUGGACUCACUGAUCAAUUCCAGUUACAAGGACUUGCUCAUGAUAACCUAUCUAUCCAGCCUUAUUCGAACUCAUUUGAAACUGUUGAACUUGGCACAAUAAAGUGCGUCGAAUGUACGCUUUGAAUGGAGUAUUCUUCCUUUCCCAAGUAGCACGUAUGCUCAUAUAA